AUGGCACGGUAUGAGCGGAUGUUGCCGAACUUGACGCGAGACUUGCGGACGCCGCGCAAAGCGGCCUGGCAAGACACCACCACCACGCAGAGGACGACUCUCGAUUGGACCUCCGAGUUCAUUGAUAUACCAAAGCUUGGCCGUAUAUCAUCAAUGAUAUCACACUUUCCUAGUUUUCUCCCACUGGAUGGCAGCGGUGCAGAUGGGCCGGCGGUCGAGUCAGAAGACAUAGAACAUAUUCUUGAGGCAGAGAGAGCAUCGAAACUGGCUCUAGAAGCGGAUAUGGCAGAGGAUGCUAUCGAAACGGCGAUCCCUCUCCUUAAGCACUCCGUCGCCAGGCUAGAGGGUGCCCUCCGGCUCCAUCGCGACCGCCUUCACCGGUUUUCUGCAUUGAAGAACGAGAGAUUCAACAUGUCUGUCUCUAUCAUGCGUCUGCCAACAGAACUCAUCCGCGAUAUCCUUCUGUACGAUGCCGACAAACACCGCGCUCAUCGCGCCUUCGUCGACGCUGAAAAGACCUGGUUGAGGCUUGGUCAAGUAUGUCGAAGAUGGCGUCGAAUCGUCUUCGACAUGCCUUCGCUGUGGGCCAACGACCUAUUCGGGUUCAGAGAAGGGCAAGGGGCCAGUGUCCUUCUUCCUCUGACCGGGAAGGCGCCACUCAACGUCGACCUCGUGUACCAUGAUGGCCCGAUCAAUAUCCCCAUUCAAGACUAUGAACAUCUGAUACUGCGCGCUUGGAGGAUAUACUACAACACGUUUACUCCAGAGGAAGCGUUGGCGCUUAUCAACAUACUCUCUGCGGAACCGCUGCCUUACCUUCAGACUCUCGUAUUCUCUGCGAGUACGAGACGACAACUCGAUUCUGUACCCCCUAUCAUGGACAUGGCCGACCAUCCGAAAUUGCGCUUCCUCACUUUGGGAAACGCCUACAUGCGUCCCCCAGCUUUGAACACGCUGAUCACACUUGACAUCGAUCUAUAUGACUGGAACGAUGAGAACAAGCCCUCACUGGACACGAUCCUUGAAGUGCUCUCCCACAAUGCAUCCCUUCACAAGCUAUCUUUGCAAAUGGUGCUUCGAAGCGAAGGCGAAUGUCGCUCUCCCAUGCAGCGACUGUCUCUCCCUUACCUAGAGAUCCUUACAUUGCAAAACGCAUCCAGCGCCAUAUCCACGAUUCUAUUGGACUCGUUGCGCGUUAUAUCUCUCAAAUAUAUAUAUAUCGAUGAGAUGGAUCGAUCAGGAAGCGUUGAUGGUAUCAUGCGCACUUUCGAGACCGUCCUACGCGCCUGGAUCCCUAGCCUCACCGAACGGGCUGCUGACUCGACCCUGGGAGCCCCUCACGCGCAAAGCACACUCAACGCCCGGUUACUUGCCGACACGGACAGCAUCAUACACGACGAUGCUCGGCCCCUGCGCGAGUGGCUCCGCGGAAUGCCCGAACAGUCGGGCGUCGAAGUAUCGCUGGAGAAGGUACUCGACGACAAUCCGGACGGGUACAUGUGGACUUUUAUUAUGUAUUCGUUCAGCUGUCAGAGUACAGUGUGA